CAUACUUCCUGCCAUUCAGUCUCCAUCCACUUGAUUGCCUGCCCAGGAGGCCCUGGCAUCACCCCCGACUCACUCGGCCGGUUCAGUCUCGAACCACCAGUCCCCCGUCCAAACUUGAAGACAACCCGACUCACAGCCAAAAUCAGCAAACAACACGAUGUCUGGCGCCGUGGUUCAGCCCACCAUUCUCUCUGAAUUAGGUGUCAAACUUCCAACACUUGACAAUUCACGUGCUCUGAGUGGUAGGAACACGAGACCCGCCGACGACAGAGACUGGCCGGAGGUGGGUGAUUGGCAGCUAUGGGCAGAUUUCAAUUAUGAAAAUCUCCGAUCCAUCUUCCGGCCGAUCGUUGAAGAGCCGUGGCCGAACGCUCCGUCCGACCACAGAUUGCCUAAUAUUGAUCCCAUGGAAAGAGAGCUGUUCGACGAGAAGUCACUCGAAUCCCAUCUAACAAAGCACACGAUGCCGCUUGUGAACGCGGCGCUCGUCCGGGCCAACACUCGGCUCCACCGGAGCCAAGACGACCGAGGUCACCUCUGGGCUAGCGGACGUGGCGGCGGUAUUUUGGGGAAGCCAGAUUGGUCUCUCUGUUCGCCAAACCGCAAGCAGCCCUCAGGUAAGUAUGUCAACUUGGUCCCCGGAGAUACGAAGCUAUCCACAAAAUGGAAACCGGGCAUGAAGGACACGAAUCCAGGGGAGUGGGCACUGCCGAUACGCCAGGUUAUGUCUUACAGCCGUGAUCUCAAAGUCAGGUACGGCUUCGUCAUUACCGACCAAUAUCUCAUCGUUCUUCGCUUCAGUCGAUUCGAUAUCGAGGACGGAAUCGCGCAGGGCAUGUCUAGGCGGGGGGUCACUGUUCAUCAGACUGAAGGCCAACACUCGUCGGGAGCUUCCAAUGCGCAGUCUCGGCCUCCGUCUGCCGCAUCUGGCAGCACUGCUAGCCACGCUACAAGCGGACGAGAUUCGUCGCCGUAUUCCGACGGCGAACCCACCAAUGAGUGGCGGGCGCCUCAGUAUCAAGCCAUCCCCUGGUCCAGCCACAACAGUACGACCGGCAAGUCGUCAGACACGAAGUCCCACGUGCUCACAGUCCGCCUGGCCCUUUUUUACCUCAGCCUGCUGGCCCUCUCCGGUUCCGACAUCUCCAUCGGCGGCGAUUACCCGCCGUUGGACUCCUGGACUCGAACCAAGACCGGCUACGUCCACAACGCAACCGGCGAAAAGGUCACCCACGUCCCGGAGGAUGCCACUGUGAUUGAGCGGGGCCCGUCCCCGCCACCCUCCUCACAUGCCUCGUCGCGGAGCAGCAGUAACGCGCCACCCUCCUCGCAUGGGUCCUCGCGGAGCAGCAGCAACGCGCCGUCGCAGAAGGACAGCAGCCGGUCUAGCAGCCGGGAUCCCGGCGCCACGCAGAGCCAGUCGGGCAGCCGGGGCGUCAGCGGCACGCGCCUCCACCCGGGCAGCCAGUCUGCCAGCCGCAGCGCCAGCACGACACGCCGCGACGCCGCGGGGCCGCCCGGCGGUGGACGCGCCACACGAUCCUCGGUGCGGUUUGCGCCCACCCACGCCGACGAGCACGGCGGUUCCGCUUCCACCCCGGGCACCCCGCGGGGCAGGUCCCCGGCCGUUCCGGGUAGCAACCAGCAGGGCGGUUCCGCUCCCACCCGGGCUCCCAACCAGCAGGGCGGCCCGGGUCCUGCAAGCAUCAACACCGUCAUACGGAGCAGGCCGCCGUCGGGGAACACGCGGUCCCAAUCCAACAGGCGCGCCGCGGAACAUGAUGCCGGUGCGGGCAACGGCGGCGGGAACGGAGGCAACGGCGGCGGAAACGGAGGCAACGGCGGCGGGAACGGGGGCAACGGUGGCGGAAACGGGGGCAGAGGAAGGAAGCCGGGUCCGAAGUAAGAGGUCGAGAGAUGGAACGGGGAGCGUCUGAGUUAGGGGUAUCGCCUAGGGGAGCCAUGUGGGGAUGAGAGUGCUGGUCGCUUGAUUAUUGAUGGGUUUGGUUGAGAUGGGUGGUGAUGCUGCGGGCUUACGAUAGACUGGACUGGGGUGGCGUUUUUGUUUUUGCUGUUUUUCUUUUUUUCUUUUUUCUUUUUUGUUUUGCUGUUUUUCCUUUUGUUUUGCUCUUUUUGUUUUUGCUCUUUUGUUUGCUUAUAGACAGGGUUCCUAACACUUCCAUAGAGGUACUUAGCGAGAAAAAACC